GAUUAAGUUGGCAAACAGGUCACGAGUGGACGGAUCAAAUGCGCAGGUAAUUUGAUCGCGUCCUGCCCGGUCCGUUGACACGAGCUAGAAUCGAAACUCUCAUCUAAACGCUAAAAUCUAUCUGUUUCGAUUCCCUGUUCGUCUCCUAUAGUGUUGCUGAGAAAGGAAAGAAACCGAAAGAGGGAAGAAGAUGAAGAAAGAGGAUACAGUGAAGCUGAUAAGCGCAGAGGGAUUCGAGUUCGUGGUGGACAAGGAAGCCGCCAUGGUUUCUCAGACCAUUCGCAACAUGCUUACCUCCCCAGGUCCUUCCUUCCCUGCGUGCAUCAUAGAAGUUUUGCUACCUGGAAUGUUUGACGUCGGUCGGUCUCCAAUUUUAUGGCCUGUGGAGGAAAGGGGCAAGGAAACUGAAUUCCACAUUGAACCUGAACUAACUCUGGAGCUGAUGAUGGCCGCUAAUUAUCUUCAUACUUAGGAAUUUACUCUAUCUUCUCCUUGGGUGACAUGGUUUAUCUGACAUAACUGCUGAAGGAUGAUAUUGUUGCCCGAGUAGAAUUAACGAUCUUAAGAUAUCUGUUUAUGGUGUCAUGGGUUGGAAUCACUGCGCAUUGAAGAUGGUAUAUUUAGAUUAGUUUAUAAGACUGUUUUUAUUUGUAACAAUGUGGAACUCAUAUAGCCACUAGUGUGGUUAUUGGCUUGGGAGAUGUAAAUUUGUAUUUUACAUUAGACAAAAUACAAAGAAGGUGAAUAUCUAAUCUUAAAACUUAGCGAACAAUCUUGACAAGAUAAACAUGUUUGCAUUAUUGAUGAAGCUUCUCUUAAUACUACAUGGCUUCUGGUGCCAUCUCUGAAUAUUGGGCAGGUAAAGAAAGUUAACUCUGUGUAAAGCAUAUUCUGAAUGACUGAUGAUCCCUUCACCAUAUUUGUAAACUUUCUCUUAUUCUGAA